UUGAGUCGAAUUGUUAGUUUGGUACUUAUUUGAUUUUCGUUAUAUGGUUUGCUACAUCGAAGUGGCAAAUUAUAGAUCCUAUAAAAUGAGGGCUUAUGUUAGUUCCGUUUAUGAUCGGGGAUUCUGGACCCUGGUUUUCAUCAGCUUCGGGAUUUCUCCUGCUGAAGCAGCGCUGAGCCUGACAAAAUAAUAUCAUAAUAGCAUUGUUACAAGUACAAUAACAUGCUGAUGCUGGAGUAUUUGCUAAUUUGCAACUGCUAAAAGCCUGAAACUGUGAAAUUUUCUCCUGGCUGACAACCGAGCGGCUAGAAAGAUGAAGCAGUUUACGAUUGCCGCUGUUUGUUUUGUUGCUGCAUUCGUAAGUGUGAUCGGAAUUCUGUAUUUGAUGAACAGAGUUCCGCAGGAGAACGCAGCGGAAUCAACGCCUAUGCGUGAUUCGGAAGAAACAUUAAUCUGCGAAAUGGAUGCCACCAGUCUGUGCACGCAUCUUCCAGACCUGCGCCAGAUUGAGCAGUCGGUUUUGAGACGACUUCGGGAAUUGGAAAAGAAGAUUGCAUUAUCCCUGCAGGAUCUGGACGAUCAGAAUAAGCAGAUCGAAGAAUUCAGAUUAGAAAUUUUUCGACUGAAUUCCACUAAACAAGAGCUGAUCACCUCCAUAAAACACUCCAAAAUUGAGCAGGCUGAGCUGCAGCAUCGUCGUAUGCCGAAAGUUGAGCAGCCUCUGCGCUUAAUCAGCCAGAACAUUAACAGAGAAAAUUCUUUGAUCUCGUCCGCGAAAUCUUUCCAGUCCUGCACUAUGGAUGAAUGUUUUGAUUACUCGCGAUGCCCGUUAUUCUGGGAUUUUGCGUUCUACUUGGAUAAUCGUCUGAUUAGUGGUUGUAACUCGCAACAUGCUACAGCUUUUGUAACAGCCCUCCAAAAAUCAGUGUAUAUUUCUUCCGAUGCCAAUAAAGCUUGCUUGUUCAUCCUUCCCGUUUGUUCCAAAUCGGAUUUGACAAGAAUCUCGACAUCCGCUUACUGGAAAGGCGAUGGUCGGAAUCAUUUGGUUGUCUUGCUGGAAAACGAUUUGAAAGAUGUCCGUUUUGAUGCCGGCUUGGCCAUGCUGGCCGGGGAAGGUUUGCCUUCCUUUCGCCAGCGUUUUGAUCUGCCUCUCGUUUUUGACCAUUUCGGGAUGGUGUCCACAGGGAUGGAUUAUUUGCCGUCGCAGGUGCCGGCUCGAAGGCCGAAUUUCAUUUAUUUUCACGCCCGGUACAUGGAUGUGCUUCCCUCUCCGCAAGACCAGACUGUAAUUCGCGCUUUGAACACAACACAAAAUCCUGACGAUUCCGUUUUGAAAUUCACAUGCGAAGCUGCAUUAAAUGAUUCAGCUUGCCAUACCAACACUUGGUGUUACUGCGAGCAUCCGGAACUGAAUUUUUCCCGAUCCACCUUCUCGCUGGUCUUGCCAACUUCCGAGUGGGAUUCGGAAGCAGUGAAGUACAUCAUCUUAGGCCUGAAAACCGGUGCUAUUCCGGUCGUACUUGGUGCCGUAAAUCUGCCUUUCUCUGAGAAUAUUGAUUGGUCCAAAGCGGUGAUUCGGCUUCCUAAAGCCCGUGCACCAGAAGUCUUAACCUUGCUGCGUACAAUUCGCGAUGAGGAUAUUAUGCGAUAUCGUGGACACGGGCGUCGGACGUGGGAAACCUAUUUCUCCUCGCCCAGUGUCAUUGUCAGCGCCAUGAUCGAUACUAUUCGUUUCCGGUUAAAUAUUCCCGCGAAGAGUGUGGCGGAUGUGAAACUAGUGGAUAUUUUUAAUAGCACGUUCCAGCCAGUAUGGCAAACGGUGCAGCGAUCGGAUUUGGAAGAGAAUGUCGGCCCGGUGGAGGCACCGUUACCGUCGGAUGUGUUCCAGAGAAAUUUUUCAUCGACGGGACUGGAUCGGUACGAAGCUUGGAAUGUGUAUUUCGACGCGGGAGCGCUGUUUCCCUAUAGACCAUUUGGGUCUGAAAUGCCGGGGGAUGCCAAAUUUAAGGGCUCAGAGUUUGGGUUUCGGCCCAUCGCUGAUGGAGCCGGUGGAUCCGGUGCGGAAUUCAGCGAAGCACUAGGCGGAAAUUCGCCGCGGGAGCAAUUUACGGUUGUGAUCUUGACCUAUCAGCGGGAAUCCAUUUUGUCAGCCACUCUCAGUCGUUUAAACAAUCUUGCCCAUUUGAAUAAGGUCGUGGUAGUCUGGAACAGUCCCCUGGAUCCUUCUGAAGCGUUAACUCUUCCUAAAAUUCAUGUUGCCAUACAUAUUCAUAAAGCUGAAGUAAACAGCUUGAACAAUCGGUUCUUGCCGUUGAAUGUGAUCGAGACCGAAGCCGUGCUCAGCAUGGAUGACGACAUUCAGCUGCGUCACGAUGAAAUCAAUUUCGCCUUCCGAGUAUGGCGAGAAAAUCGCGACAGGAUUGUUGGGUUUCCGGCGCGUUAUCACGCCUGGGAUUCGAAAUAUGGAUCGUGGUUGUAUAACUCCAAUUAUACAUGUGAAUUGUCCAUGAUAUUAACCGGUGCUGCAUUUUUUCACAAGUAUUACAUGUAUCAGUAUACGUAUGCCAUGCCGGCUCAGAUUCGAGCAAAGGUGGAUGAAUUUAUGAACUGCGAAGAUAUUGCAUUGAACUUCUUGGUGGCGCAUAUAACGCGGAGACCACCGAUCAAAGUAACAUCACGCUGGACAUUUCGUUGUCCGGAAUGCCCAAUCAGCCUUUGGGAAGACGAUUCGCACUUCACUGAACGGCAUUUAUGUAUCCAGUAUUUUGAAAAAAUCUACGGCUAUAUGCCUCUUUUAAACACACAGUUUCGAGCCGACUCUGUGCUGUUUAAGACCAGAAUCCCGGCUGAUAAGCAGAAGUGCUACAAAAUUAUCUAGAAAUGAUCUCUGAGUUAUUUGUGAUAUAUUAUUUGUUUGGAAACCAUAUCAUUUGAUGGUACGUCUCAAAUUUCUGUUGUCAAAAUUUCUUUGAACUUGUGGCAGUUGUUGAUUUUAUCUUCAUUUUGAUUUUUUAAUUAGCAUGGCGUUUUUGUUUUUGCUGUUUCUGUCUGCUCUGUGUACAGUCUGCUAUAUACUGAAUACUACCAGUUUUUGCCAGUGUUCGUUGCUGGAACAGGCGCGCAGCGUUUUAAUUUUUUUAAGCUUUCUGUCAAUACCAUACUCUAGCCGUUAAAGUACCGGUAUUGGUUCUUUUCCGAUAAAGUUUUGCCCGUGAAUGUUGUUA